AUCAUGUGAAAGCUCAGGCUCUUUCUGGAUUGGGAAGAAGUAAGGAAGUGUUGAAGGAAUUCCUCUGCUGCCUGAUUUUGAAUCCUGAAUGUAACUCAGUGAAGAAAGAAGCUCAGAAGGUGUGAUUUCCUAUAAAUGACUUUUCCAUUGUCUUAUUUCCAGCCUUCGUGCCCAUGCUGAGUAACUCUUGUAUGUAAAAUGAACAAAAAUAUAAUUCCGAAUAUUUAUGACAAUGUGAUAUUGUCAAGCCCACAAGAUUUAUGCAUUCAGUAACUCUCAUCCACUGAUGAAGCAGAAUGGUCCUGAGAUAACCAGUAUACACACAUCUCAAUUCUGCUGAAAUCAUGACACGUCUUAGGUAAUGUGUGAGGUGUUUUUUCCAGCUUCAGAAAGUGUGCAUCAAAAUUUCACCCCUUCCAUCCAAAGCUGACUGUUGAACAGCACAGGAAAGGCCCAGUGUAACAGCCAUGUAAACACCCAGCCUCCUCGGCAAAAAGGUGGUGAUGCCGGGAGUUCUCAGUUGUUGGCGAGCAGAAACUUUAAUGCAACUAUUUUGGCCGAAGUAGUAAUCUUUCGAUAUUUGUCGGAUGAACUGUCUAAUAGGAAGAGAAUUUAUGAUGAAGAAAUGACGGAACUGUCAAAUCUGACCAGAGACGUCCCCAUCUUUGUGUGUGCCAUGGCCUUUCCCACCGUCCCAUGUCCGCUCCACGUCUUUGAGCCCCGCUACUGGCUUAUGAUAAGAAGGUGCAUGGAAACUGGCACCAAGCGGUUUGGCAUGUGUUUAUCUGCUGACCACGCAGGGAUUUCAGAGUAUGGCUGCAUGCUGGAGAUUAAGGAUGUCAGGACAUUUCCUGAUGGCAGUUCAGUUGUUGACGCAAUUGGCAUUAGUCGGUUCAGAGUCCUAAGCCACCAUCACCACGAUGGUUACAACACGGCAGACAUCGAGUAUCUUGAAGAUGAAAAGAUGGAAGGUCCAGCAUACGAAGAACUGACUACACUUCAUUACUCAGUUUAUCAACAGUCUGUUUCCUGGUUUACUUCACUCCUGGAUCACAUGAGAGAACAAAUCUUAAGUCAUUUUGGGUUAAUGCCAGACAGGGAACCUGAGCCUCAGAGCAAUCCUAGUGGACCUGCUUGGUCAUGGUGGAUCCUGGCGGUGUUGCCCUUGGAAAGCAAGGCUCAGCUGGCUAUCCUUGGCAUGACCUCACUUAAGGAGCGUCUGCUCGCCAUUCGGCGAAUAUUAGUCAUCAUCACUCGUAAGAUGAAUAGUCGGCAAGAGCUGGUUAAUAGCAGGGAGUGGAAUAAUUGAUUUUCUCUGUCAAGGUUUCUGGAAGCCCUUGGACUUCUAUGAGGAGUACCAGGCAUGCACAAGCAGCAUUCCAUCCCAUUCAUGGCACUUUGUAAAAUGCUUGUUGAUAGUGUUACAAAAUGGAACACUUAGCAAACACUGACUCCUACUCAAGUUAAAAGUCUGUGCCUGGUGAAGUCUGACUCUGUACAAGGUUAGUCUGAUGUUUGAAUGGAGCCCUUGGUUGGAAAACAACCCAAGAAAAUCUCUGUGAAGCAGCUGCUUCUGGUGUGCAGUCCCCUGAAAGCAUGGACACUACAAAUGGUUACAAGUGGUUGAGGUUUUACUAAAAAGGACUCCCUUCCCAGUACAGCGCCUGCUACACUUGAUGGGAACAGCAUGCUUCAGGUGCUAGACAAGAAGGGGGAAACCACCUUUUUAUCUGGAAGCAGCUUUCUCAGAGCACAGACUAACCUAAAAUUUGCUUAGGCUUCAUGUGUCACUGUGAAGUUGUCUGUGAAAUUAAGGACUCUAACCAAUAGUCCAGUGCAGGAGCCAAAAUUAAGCCUUACCCAAGAAGUAGUAGCCACCGGAUAGAACUGUGUUUUAUGUCCUGUAGUAGUUGAAGAUGUUAUAAAUUGCGUGUUGUAAUCAGGGACUGUCAACAUACACGAAGGUGUACCAGGGAUAUAGAAAUAUUUGAAGCCGGUAUAGUUGAUUUGAGGAUAUAAAUUUAUACACCCUCAAUAAAGAGUAAACAAAAGUGAGUUAAAACUAUACGUGCAUUGGGAUAUCAAAUGUACAACCCAACUAGUGCAAAGCGCCCCUUGAAAGCAUACCCCUGUCACAUUAAUUCAAUGGGUACUAAGCACUUAAGAACUAGUCAUUUUUUUCUACUAGGAUUUGCACUAGAAAUUAGGCCCCAUCAGUAAAUCUGAGAUCACCUUACAUCCACUAAUAAUAUGCAGACGUUAAAAAGCUGCUGUGAAAUGAGAAUCUAUUCCAGGAAAACAUACCAGGAGAAUAAGAUAGUAUAUAAGGAGACUCGAUGGAAAACUGCAUUAAUAGUCCAGGAGAGAGAAGGCUGCUGGCAAUGGAGCAAAGGAAGGACAUUAAUAUAUAAUGUGGAGAAUGUGCAAGUUUAUACCAGUUUUGAUGUAGAGCUGAAUGAGGGGAAUCUUCAUAGACGACUCCCUCCUGUUUAAUAGCUACUGUUUAAUAAAUACUGAGAGAACUGGAACUAGAGGAUGAGUAUAUGCAGAAGAUGAAGCUUAGUAAUGAACAGCACAAAGGCUGGAUUGCAUAUGAAAAAGAGAGUUGUUUUAAGAUGAAAGAUAAUAGAUUAAGUUUGUAUUUGUAUGGAAAUGUUCAGAAAAGAGAGGGAAGAUGGUAUGUGAUGUAAAUAUUCAGCAAGCUUUUCUCCAACCUCAACCUAGAAAUUAUCUCUUUUUUUUAUAACAAGUUUUACAAUGAUCAAGCAGGUAUUAUCUGUUAAAGAACAGUAUGUGUAACUUCCAACCUCUAAUGCAUAUUGGUAAUAUUGAUUGGAAUAACCAUUUGAACCUGACAAACAAGCUGGUAUAUUUAGUUGGCUUCUUGGUCUGUGAGGUGGAUGUUCUUAAGUGAAAGGUGACAAGGACCAGGCUAGAGAGCAGAUCACAGCUAUAAGCUUUUCUUUAUUCAUUCAAGGUAUACAGUUUUUGAGUUUCAAAAGAUAUAUGUCAUAAUACCAAAUAUUGGUGGUUUAUCCAUCCAUCACAUAUUUUAUUAGAAAGACUUUAUAAUCAUAGCUUUAAAAAGUGUAGUAGUUUUCAAUAGCUAAAACUCAGUUUCAUCCCAGAGGUUGGAAAAUAACUAUACUUGUUUUAUUUACUUAGUCAUAAAGAGAAAAUUUAAAAGUAUUUUCCAAUCAUAUGUUUCCAGUGCCUCACAUAAUUGUGAAUCUCAGAUCUCAUCUUGAACAUGGCUUAAAGAAAGGCCAUUUGGCCAAGUGACUUGUAAAUGAUUUUAGUAAUGCAUGUACUGUAUUAACAACAGUAUCCAGCUUUCUUAGGCAUCAUAACCUAACCUGAUCAUUUAGGGAAAAAAAAACCAAAAAACUUCAUCUAGCCUUCCAGAAGACCUGUAUUAGAAAUGGUUCGUGAAAAUGGGUCUGUAUUGACCAGUCUCUUCCUCUUUUAGAAAAUCUUUUUCUACCUUAAAACCAUAUUUGGACAUUUACCAUUGCUGUUUCCAUUUGGGGUGUCUAAGUAACCCCAAGGCCAUCAUUUCUCCAGGAGCCUUCCUGAAGUCAAGUUUUUGUGCUCAGAGCAUUAAGGCUUUUCCCAUAACUGUCGGAAGCUAUUGCUUUCUUAACCCUCUUUAAAUGUCAUAUCUCACAUUCUUUAACCAGAACCAUCAAGUUGUCUCUUCCUGAGUCUGUCUGCCUCUUCCUGAGUCAUCUUCUCAUUCUGAGUGUUCUUAUGUAAAAGCCUGUUCAACAGUAAUGAUGCAGACGGAGCAACACAAAUUUUUGUUGUUUUCGUUUCUUGAAACUGAAGGGACUUGACUGUGAUCACCUCACGCUCUGUCCAGCAUCCCACCUCCACACAGUGCAAAGUGGGAGCAGAGCAGUACUUCCUGAGCACUUAGAUUAAGUUAUUUAUCAGCAAGUCCAACCAAGGAAAUAAUAUCCCAAGUCAUAUUAUGAAGGAAGCUUCCUUUUACAAACUUAAAAAAAUGAAAGAAACCCAAACUCCAGUGGGCUGCAAAUCUAGUUAAAGCAGCACAGUUCCCUUUUUUCUUCCUGCCCUCCCCACCCCACCUUCUUUCUAUCAUGGAGAUAUCAUUUCUAAGGAUUUCUCAGAAAAGAAUAUAAUCUCUCCUUCAAAGUCAGAGCAUCCCAGUUUAAUUUUACUGAAAACGUUCCAGCAGUAAUGCUCUAGUUACAUCCGAAUAAAACAGAAUCUACUCAGAGUAAUAACAGUUUGGGGGAGUAAUCCUUCUCUUAAUACAGUACUUCCUGUUAGAUAUUUUUCCAUUUACUCUCCUAAGUGGCUUCACUCAUAAUUCCAGCUCUGCCUGUAUCUUUGAAAUGCAGCUGAUACCCUGACAGGCAGUUUUCUGAAAGCCCAUGAGAUUUUUAGCGUUAUCACAUCCCCUCGGUCACCUGUCUUCAGAGCUGAAAGAAUAUUUUUUAAAGUUCCAAAUGAAAACAAUUAAACAUUUAAGGUUUAUCCAUGGAAACACAAUCAUUUUUUAUGAAUUCAUGUGCCAAAAUUUUGAGUAUUAUCCCAUUUUUAUGACCACAGAGAUGUCCUUUCUUUUCUAACCACCCCCAUCCCCUGCCCAGGCCAAAAAAAACCACCAUGACUGUUUAAUAAGUUGUAUCUCAAUUUUUAACAUACAUCAAGUCUUACACAGGACGUUUGAAUUAUCAAGGAACAAAGUAGAUGGUAGAAUUACCAUGAACUAUGUAUGAUACUGUCAUUUUGUCAUAUUCGUAAAAUUACUUGAAAGUUGGCUGCUGUUGUAAUAAAAAUAUUCCAUUGCUUGACAUAGAAGUCAUUAUGAUUUUUAAGUUGCUUUUUAAAAAGUGCUCACCUGUUUCUUCUCCCUUCUUUCUUCUUUUGUGUUUUCUCCCACCACUUACGUAAAUUACUUUGGCAAAUACCACUCUUUAAAAUUGAAGUGCUACCUAUCAACUAAUAAUAAAAAAAAUGUGAACGAUACAGAUAGAUAGCCCAUUAGGAGGA